AAUAUUUGUCUUAUUAGUUGCAGUCAGUAGUUUUGGUGUUGUACUGAAUUUGUCUUAAAUGAUGGGUACAAAUCCUGAAAAUAACCAAAUAGCGGGUGCUCUAACAUUUCCUAACAGAAGUCAGGAUGUGAGAUCUGUUCCUGUUCAGCCGCGGCAGCCCAGGAGUCUCCAGGGUCUCCUGAGGUUUGCAAUGGAAGCAACAAAAGCAGAAGAUGCACCAGGGAACUCAGAAUUUAGUCCUAUGGAUGAUGAGAGGCGCAAAUUCCUCGAGGAGGCAUUAAAGAGUUUGACAGUGAAUGUGGCGGAAGUGCUGCAGAGUUCCAUCAAAGUGUUGACUGAGACGGAGAAGAUCAGGAGCAUCCAACUCGGGGAACCGCUGCCCAAUGAUGUGGACCUGGCAUUCAACAACCUGCUGGAGUUCAUUGAUGAUAUUGAUGUCGCUAAUGAUUUCUACAAAAUGGGAGGCUUUGCUGUCUUCCCAAUCUGCUAUGGUAGUGAGAAUGAGGAAGUACGAGCUCGGGCCAGCUCGGUGCUGGCGGAGACGUGCCAGAACAACCCGUACUGCCAGAGCAGAGCCCUCGAGUGCGGCCUCCUCAACGUCCUGAUACAUUUGGUGCAGUCCGAACGGGGAAACGCGCUCGCUAAAUGCUUGUAUGCUAUAUCAUGCGUGUGCCGUGAAUUCGAGCCGGCCGCGCGCGAGUUACUCAGCCAGGGCGGGGCGGCGGUGCUGGCGACUCUGCUGCGGGCCCAAGAACCAGCCGCACGAACCCGCGUCGCAUUCCUAGUGCGGCACCUCGCGCAUCACUACGCUGAGGCGAAAGAACAAUUUAUCCAAAACAAUGUAGUCCGGAUCGUCAUAGAACAACUUAGAUCAGGAAGGGAUGACACUUCAGAACACUUCCUUGGCAUUCUCCUAGCCUUAGUCGAAGGCCUGGAACCGAUCGUUCUCGAGCAAGCCAGGGAUCCUAGUCUGAACCUGAAGAAAGUGCUAGAAGAUCAUCUCAAGCAUCCAGAGCUGGAGUAUUCAUAUAUAGAAGAGAAGGAAUACUGCCAGGAGAUACUACGGCAAGUGUUUGAUAAUUGUUCUCCCAUAGAAGUGUUGAGCGAUGAAAUAGCAGAUAGAUAGUUCUGGAAGCUUCUAGAAUCUAUAUAUUAGCAGGGUUCCUUGAGCUGGUCUA